CCUUGUUCUGCUAGAAUGAAGAACGAGUCACUGACACCAGGUUAUCAUGGAUUUCCAGCGAGGGACAGCCAGGGUAACCAGGAGCCAACAGCCACUCCUGACGCCAUGGUUCAGCCAUUUACCACCAUCCCAUUUCCACCACCUCCACAGAAUGGAAUUCCCACAGAGUAUGGGGUACCACACACUCAGGACUACGCAGGCCAGACCAGUGAGCAUAACCUGACACUUUACGGAGGUACACAAACGCAUGGAGAGCAGAGUACUAACACAGCCAGCACGCAGAAUGGAGCUCUGACGCAGACAGAAGGAGGGGCACAGACAGAUGGACAGCAGUCACAGCCACAGAGUAGUGAGAGUACCGAGAGUAAAUCUACCCCUAAACGAUUGCAUGUCUCCAACAUCCCCUUCCGAUUCCGUGACCCUGAUCUCCGGCAGAUGUUUGGGCAGUUUGGCAAAAUCCUUGAUGUAGAAAUAAUCUUUAAUGAACGUGGCUCCAAGGGAUUCGGGUUCGUAACUUUCGAGAAUAGUGCUGAUGCAGACAGGGCCAGGGAGAAAUUACACGGCACCGUGGUAGAGGGCCGUAAAAUCGAGGUGAAUAACGCCACAGCACGCGUAAUGACCAAUAAGAAGAUGGUCACACCAUAUGCAAAUGGUUGGAAGCUGAGCCCAGUGGUUGGAGCCGUCUAUGGCCCUGAGUUAUAUGCAGCAGCCUCCAGUUUUCAAGCAGAUGUCUCGCUAGGCAAUGAUGCGGCAGUGCCCCUGUCGGGAAGGGGGGGGAUCAACACUUACAUUCCGCUCAUCAUUCCUGGCUUCCCUUACCCCACUGCAGCCACCACGGCAGCCGCAUUCAGAGGAGCCCACCUAAGGGGCCGAGGGCGGACAGUGUAUGGUGCAGUCCGAGCGGUACCUCCAACAGCCAUCCCUGCCUAUCCAGGUGUGGUUUACCAGGACGGAUUUUACGGUGCUGACCUCUAUGGUGGAUAUGCAGCCUACAGAUAUGCACAACCUGCUACCGCGACAGCAGCCACAGCCGCUGCCGCAGCCGCAGCCGCUUACAGCGACGGUUAUGGCAGGGUUUAUACAGCAGACCCCUACCAUGCCCUUGCCCCUGCCGCUAGCUACGGAGUUGGCGCUGUGGCAAGUUUAUACCGAGGUGGCUACAGCCGAUUUGCCCCCUAUUGAAGUGACGUGACCCCGCAGACGGGACAGCCCCCUGUUCAUGAGGCCUGGCUAUUGCAAUAUGUACUCCUAGAGGAACUCUAUAGCAAGAUGAAGAGGAAAAACAAAAAAAAAAAAAAAACACACAAAAAAAAA